GUUAAUAUCUCUAGCCAUUGUACGGGGAGUGGUCAGUUUUCAAUCUCCUCUGGAGUGCACUGUGGGGCUAAGAGAUCUGAUCCUGGGCCACCUGGUCAUCCUUGCUGUCUGCAUUAUCCUGGAAGCUAUCAUCGCCUUCGUCAGCACCAGAGGCAGCAUCCUCGCCCCGGCACCCAGAGCCAGCAUUGAGUAUUUCCUCUAUGCUAGAUUAGUGGUGGGUCUCGCGGAGCUGGCGUGGCUAAUCAUUGGUGCGGUUUGGUCAUCCAGGCACUAUAGUACAUGCACACCGGACUCAGCCAAGAAAUCGUUGCUAG